CACGCACUCAACCUUCUUACAAAGCUUGUUGUAGCCAUGGGUUCUACUGAUGAAGAAGAGUAUGCCACCCAGUCAAAGUUACUUAAAGACUUCACGAGUAUUCCCAACAUUGACAAAGCUUGGAUCUUCAACUCUGGUUCUGGUUCUCAAGCAAUGGUUGCUAUGAGUCAAGCAAACCUUUUGGCUAAUAAAAAGAGGACCUUUAUGAUAUCUGGUCACAUCCAGAAAGAAAGUAACCAAUCUGUAGACAUUCACUGGGCCCCAUUUCCCAUCGAGAUGACUGGCGCAUCGGCUUUUGUCCCGUCUCCCUCUGGUCUGAAGCUCCUUGUGAUCAGAAACCCGGAGAAAGAAUCUCCUACAAAGUUUGAGAUAUGGAGUUCGUUUUUAGAGAAGGAGUUUCAUAUCCCACAUAAAGUUCAUGGCUCUGUAUACGUUGAUGGAUGGUUUGAAGGAAUCUCUUGGAACUCAGAUGAGACUCUUGUUGCUUAUGUAGCUGAGGAACCGUCUCGUACCAAGCCUACAUUUGACCAUCUUGGUUGUUACAAGAGACCAAAUUCUUUGGACAAGGAGAUUGGUAGCUGGAAAGGUCAAGGAGAUUGGGAAGAGGGAUGGGGAGAAGCAUAUGCGGGGAAAAAGCAGCCUGCGUUGUUUGUUAUCAAUGUUGACAGUGGAGAAGUUGAGCAUAUCAAAGGAGUUCCAAGAUCGCUGAGUGUUGGACAGGUUGUGUGGAGUCCGAACAGUAAAGAUUCAGCACAGUACUUAGUUUUUGUGGGAUGGUUAGGAGAUAAAAGAAAGUUUGGUAUCAUGUACUGCCGUGGCAGACCAUGUGCCAUAUACGCAAUUAGAUUCAAAGAAACAAAGGAUGAUGCUAAUGAAGUAUUCCCUAUUCAUAAUUUGACUAAGAGCAUAAGCAGCGGUUUUUCCCCACGGUUCAGCAAAGAUGGAAAGUUUCUUAUGUUUUUAUCCGCAAAGACCGCUGUUGAUAUUGGGGCCCACUGGGUAGCCGAGUCACUUCACAAGGUUAACUGGCCAAGUGAUGGGAAACUUACUGAGUCAACAGAUAUCAUUGAUGUGAUUCAAGUUGUGAAUUGUCCUGAUGAUGGUUGUUUCCCUGGACUCUAUGCUUCCAGCCUUUUGAGUGAUCCGUGGCUGUCAGAUGGACAUACUCUUAUGUUGUCUACUUACUGGCGCAGUUGUAGAGUAAUACUCAGCGUAAAUAUGCUAAGUGGAGAACUGUCACGUGUCAGCCCAAAUAAUUCAGAUCAUUCAUGGAGCGUUCUUACACUAGAUGGUGAUGAUAUAGUUGCCGUGUCUAGCAGUCCAGUGAGUGUUCCUGAAAUUAAGUAUGGAAAGAAAGUUCUUGAUCAAGCUGGGAAGUCUUCAUGGCAGUGGUCCAAUAUCCAAAAACCAAUAUUUAAAUGCUCUGAGAAGGUAAAUCAUCUUGAUACAAAUGAUUUUAAGCUUUUUAAUGUAUUCAUAUAUUCUGUUUCAUAUUACAUACUUCGACAGGUUGCGUCAGGGCUUUCAUCUCUUCAGUUUAAAAUUCUGAAAGUUCCAGUCAGUAAUGUUUCCGAAUGUCUUACCGAAGGGGCCAAAAAACCUAUUGAAGCUAUAUAUGUAUCAUCUUCAAAGUCUAAAGAGGAUGGGAAAUGUGAUCCACUAGUUGUUGUUAUCCAUGGAGGCCCUCACUCAAUUGCAUCAUGCAGCUUCUCCAAGACUUUGGCUUAUCUCUCCUCAAUUGGAUACAGUCUGCUGAACGUUAAUUACAGGGGUUCAGUGGGGUUUGGGAAAGAUGCUUUGCAGUCUCUAUCUGGAAAAGUUGGAUCACAGGACGUGAACGAUAUGCUCUCAGCAGUAGAUCUUGCCAUUGAAAUGGGACUUGCAGACCCGUCUAGAAUAACCCUGCUAGGUGGUUCUCAUGGUGGGUUUCUAGCCACACACUUGAUUGGUCAGGCGCCAGAUAAAUUUGCGGCAGCAGCUGUAAGGAAUCCUGUAUGCAACAUUGCAUCACUGGUUGGGAUUACAGAUACACCUGAUUGGUGUUUCUUUCAAGCCUAUGGUGACAAUAAUCACUAUACAGAAGCCCCCUCACCUGAAGAUAUGUCUCGGUUUCAUCAAGUGUCUCCUAUAUCACACAUCUCAAAGGUGAAAACACCCACUUUGUUUAUCUUGGGAACUAUGGAUCUCCGUGUUCCCAUUUCAAACGGGUUUCAAUACAUGAGGGCGUUAAAGGAGAAAGGAGUUGAGGUUAAAACUCUUGUUUUUCCCAAUGACAAUCAUCCCCUAGACAGACCGCAAACGGAUUUUGAAAGCUUUCUCAACAUUGCUGUCUGGUUCAACAAGUACUGCAAGCUGUGA